UUCUCUUCUCUCUGUUUUUUUUUUUAAUUAGAGGCACGAGAUAUAGCUUUUGGAGAAAAAAAGAAGGAGAAUGAAGUUGAUGAAGGUAUUAAAAUUAAUUUUGGUGGUGGUGACGAUGGCGAUGACGAUGGCGGAAGCGUUAUGGCUAGAAAUGCCGAGUUCAGGGGCUAAAUGUGUGUAUGAAGAAAUCCGUAAUAACGUCGUCGUUUUGGUUGAGUAUGCUAUUGUUGGUAUCAAUGAGCAGAAUCAAUAUAGUUUUAUUCACGAUUUGAUCUCCCUUAAGGUUGCAUCACCAUUUGGAAAAAUUCUCCACCAUGAAAAUAAUGUUACAAAUGGUGAAUUUGGUUUUACAACGACUGAGCCUGGAAACUAUAUGGCGUGCUUUUUCAUGAAUAGCCAAGCUCCUGAUGGUAAAGUUGUACAUGUUGGUCUUGACUGGAAAAUUGGGAUUGCUGCCAAGGAUUGGGACUCAAUUGCUCGAAAAGAAAAGAUACAAGACAUUGAACUUGUGCUGAUGAAAUUCCAGGCAUGGGUGCAAUCCAUCCGUGAAAAAUUAAUCUAUAUGAAGAAGAGGGAAGAAGAAAUGAGAGAAGUGAGUGAGAGAACGAAUGCAGCUGUGGCAUGGUUCAGUGGAAUGUCCCUUAGUCUCUGCAUAUUGGCUGCAGCUACGCAAAUAUGGUAUUUGAAGCGCUUCUUUAGGAAGAAAAAUCUCAUAUAGUUUUAUGAGUGUAUUGAUAACUUCCAUUUUGUGUGGAACCACAACUCACAUAUAAAAUAUCAACAUUAAAUUCUCUUCCUUUGUA